AUGGACGGUUUCGGGUUCGUCUGGGUGCAAGUGGGCCUCAGUGCGGACCGGUGUGGACUUGUCUGGGUGCAAGUGGGCCUCAGUACAAGUGGUGAGGAUCUCCAGUGUUGCGGCCUUGCGAGGUCGGGUUUUGUGGUCUUUGUGACGUUUGGAGUUGGGAUUCGAGGACGAAUCCAUGGCGAUUGUGAGAGGAGAAGAGUUUUUGAGGUGAUUCCAGUGUUUGGUGUUAAAUCCGAGUCUGUUCAGCGAUUCGGAGUUCUGGGUGUGUGUGGUGGUGCUGCGUGGUGUUCUUCGUCGUUUCUUGCUUCAGUUCAUCUUCUCCAAUUCGUUUUCCCCUCUUUUCAACCUAGAAUCAAGUGUUUAUGGAUGUUUGAUGAUUUCCUGUGA